AGAGGGCUGCUGGCUCGCUGCCACACUGGUCAAGAACAGUCUUCAUUUUGUUUUCGUUGCGCGCGGUUGUGCUUUGCCUGUGUGUGUAUGUAUAGAGCAGCAUCAGCAGCAGCAGCGCCGCCGGUCUGAGCGAGAGAGACUGACGCCCGUGUGCAUAUUCACAUGCCGAAUGGAAAAACGUUCACUUGAUUGCAGUUUUCAUAAGUGUGGAAAAUUGUGAGAACCAAAAAAGAAAGAAAACAAAACAGAGAGAAGGAGAAAAGCAAAAAAAAAAAAAAAAACAUUCCAGAUAGUACAAUAAUCACAAUACGAAAUUGACAAUACAACUGCGCAGAUAGUUGUAGAUACAGCUCAGUUCGGAAAAAGUGCCAAGAGGCACACACACACACACUCACCUGUGUGAAUCCAGAGGUAGAAGAAGAAAUACAACAAGAACUACAACAACAACACAGCCAAAAUGCGGCGGCACUCAACGAUGCUGGCCGCGAUAUUACUGGCUGCCAUUUUGGGCAGCUCAACGGCAAUGAACAAUUCCCCGCCCCGGAUCAUUAAACAGCCGCCCACCGAUGAGCUGCUUUUCAAGGUGGCGCAACAGAACAAGGAGAGCGACAAGCCAUUCAUUAUUGAGUGCGAGGCCGAUGGACAACCGGAACCAGAAUAUAGUUGGAUCAAGAAUGGCAAAAAGUUCGACUGGCAGGCGUACGACAAUCGCAUGUUGCGUCAACCGGGACGCGGAACCUUGGUGAUCACCUCGCCCAAGGACGAGGAUCUGGGACAGUAUCAAUGUUUCGCCAGCAACGAGUUUGGUGUGGCCACCUCGAACUCGGUGUUUGUGCGUAAGGCUGAGCUGAACGCUUUUAAGGAUGAGGGCGCUCGGGGCGUUGUCGCCGUCGAGGGUGAACCCUUCUCCAUGCAAUGCGAGGCACCUGAUGGCUGGCCAAAGCCCACAGUUAACUGGCUGCUGCAGAGUGCCAACGAUGCUGGCAUUCGUUCGAUCAACAACUCCCGCAUGACUCUCGAUCCCGAGGGUACGCUCUGGUUCUCGAAUGUGACGCGCGAGGAUGCUAACGGUGAAUUCUGGUAUUCGUGCUCAGCGACCUCGGUGUUCCGCAACGAGUACAAGAUCGGCAACAAGAUACUGCUCGAUGUGAAGCAGAUGGGCGUGAGUGCAGCCCAGAAUCGUUUCCCACCCAAGCAACAGUAUGUGACGCGCAAGAACGAGGUCGGAUUGCGGGGCAAACGGGUCGAAUUGUAUUGCAUCUUUGGCGGGACACCGUUGCCGCAAACCGUUUGGAGUAAGGACAAUAAACGAAUCGAGUGGAAUGAUCGAAUAACGCAGGGUAAUUAUGGCAAAUCGCUGGUCAUACGGCAUGUCUCAUUUGAGGAUGCGGGCAAAUACACUUGCGAUGUCUCGAACGGUGUGGGCAACGCUCAAUCCUAUACGAUUGAUUUGAAGAUCAAUUCGGUGCCGUACUUCACAUUGGAGCCGGAGAUACAGAAUGCCGCCGAAGAGGAGGAAGUGACGUUCAAGUGCGAGGCCGCCGGACAUCCGGAGCCAACGAUCCAAUGGAUCUUCAACGGCAAACCGAUCGCACAGGCUGCGGAUAAUCCUCGCCGAACGGUGACGAACAAUUACAUUCGCAUUGUCAACCUGGAGAAGAAGGAUACGGGCAACUAUGGCUGCAACGCCACCAAUUCGCUGGGCUAUGUUUACAAGGAUGUCUAUCUCAAUGUGCUCGCUCUCCAGCCCGAGAUCCAAACGAAACCCCAAGCCGAAGCGAUCACCGUGAACGGACGCAACAUCACGCUGACGUGCCGCGUCUUUGGCGCCCCCAAACCCCAGGUGAAGUGGCGUCACAAUGAGAACUGGCUGACCGGUGGUCGUUACAAUGUGCUGCCCUCGGGUGAUCUGAGCAUCGAUGAGGUCACAUAUGCGGACAGCGGCACCUACACGUGUCUGGCCGUCAAUAAGUUUGGCAAUGCCACGGCGCAGGGAUCUCUGGUGGUUAAGGAACGCACACGCAUCACACAGGAGCCGCAGAACUAUGAAGUUGCCGCCGGACAAUCGGCGACAUUCCGUUGCAAUGAGGCGCACGAUGAUACGCUCGAUCUGCAGAUCAUUUGGCAGAAGGAUGGCCAAGCGAUUGACUUUGAGGCCGAGGCACGUUUUGUGAAGACCAACGACAACUCGCUGACAAUUGCCAAGACCAUGGAACUGGAUUCGGGUGAAUACACGUGUGUGGCACGCACCCUAUACGAUGAGGCAACGGCCAAGGCCAAUUUGAUUGUCCAGGAUGUGCCGAAUGCACCGCGUCUCGUUGGCAUCUCUUGCCAGGCGGACAAGGCCGAGAUCUCGUGGCAACCUCAGGGCGACAAUCGUUCACCCAUUCUCCACUACACGAUUCAGUUCAACACAUCGUUCACGCCCGCCUCGUGGGACACCGCCUACGAGAAGGUCCCCAGCACAGAUUUCUCCUUUGUCGUCCAAAUGUCGCCAUGGGCCAAUUACACGUACCGUGUGAUUGCGUUCAACAAAAUCGGACCAUCACCUCCAUCGGAGCACAGUGAGGCGUGCACCACCCAACAGGAUGUCCCGUAUAAGAAUCCCGAGAAUGUUGUUGGCCAGGGUACCGAGCCGAACAACUUGUUCAUCACGUGGACACCGAUGCCUGAGAUUGAGCACAAUGCACCGAACUUCCAGUAUCGCGUCAGCUGGAAGCGUGACAUUCCCGCCGCUGCCUGGGAGAACAAGGACAUCUACGAUUGGCGUCAGAGCAAUCUGCUGAUACCCAAUCAGGAGACAUUCGUCAAGUAUCACAUCAAAGUGUUGGCCAUCAAUGAGGCCGGCGAAUCGAACGUCGCUGCCGAGGAGGUCAUUGGCUAUUCGGGCGAGGAUCGUCCCCUGGAGGCGCCCACCAAUUUCAGCAUGCUGCAGGUCACUAGCGCUACCAAUGCCUAUGUCGCCUGGAAUCCCGUGACUCCCGAAUCGGUGCGCGGUCACUUCAAGGGCUACAAGAUUCAGACGUGGACCGACAAGGAGGGCGAGGAAGGUUUGCGUGAAAUCCAUGCCAUACACAACGAUGCUCUGGUCACACAAUUCAAACCCGACUCAAAGAACUAUGCUCGCGUCUUGGCCUACAAUGGUCGCUUCAAUGGACCACCAAGUGCCACCAUUGACUUCGAUACGCCCGAGGGUGUGCCAUCAUCGGUGCAAUCCCUGGAGGCAUACCCUUUAGGCUCGUCGGCAUUCUGGGUGACGUGGAAGAAACCGCUGCAUCCUAAUGGCAAACUCACCGGUUACAAGAUCUACUACGAGGUGGUUAAGGGCAGCUUUGUGGGCGAGCGUCGUGAAUACGAUCCCCAUAUCACCGAUCCACGUAUCACCAGCAUGAAGAUGGCUGCGUUGAAGCCGAACUCCAAGUAUCGCAUUUCCAUCACGGCCACCACCAAAAUGGGCGAGGGCACCGAACAUUACAUUGAGAAGAGCACGCUGAAGGACGAUUUUGCGCCACCAUCGCCGCCAACUUUCAACUGGGAACAGAUUCCCUCGCAAGACGGUUCGCCCAACUAUCGCAUCAACUGGGUGCCCAACAUUGACGGACGUUCCGGUUCCCAUUUCUUCACCAAAUACAGAGUUCAGGGUGAAUCCAAAUGGCUGGAGGUGCAGGAGGAGACGGUCAAGGAUUAUCAGGAGCUGUCCACCUUGGAGCCCGAUACAGUGUACGAGGUGCGUGUGACCUCGGUCGAUGGCCACUAUCAGACCGAUAGUCCGGUCAAAAUUAUCGAUACGAGCGACGCCGAUGGACCGAUAAUGGUGCGCAACGAGAGUCUGGCGAAUGCUGGAUGGUUUAUUGGCAUGAUGCUGGCCUUGGCCAUCAUCAUUUUGUUGUUCAUCAUUCUGUGCAUCAUACGACGCAAUCGUGGUGGCAAAUACGAUGUGCACGAUCGUGAGCUGGCCAAUGGCAGGCGUGAUUAUCCCGAUGAUGGCGGCUUCCAUGAGUACUCGCAACCCUUAGAUAAUAAGAGCGCUGGUCGCCAAUCGGUUAGUUCAGCGAAUAAGCCUGGCGUGGAGAGUGACACCGAUUCGAUGGCCGAAUACGGUGAUGGCGAUACAGGCAUGAACGAAGAUGGUUCCUUUAUUGGCCAAUAUGGACGCAAAGGACUUUGAUUUAAUUUGUAAGCAGCAACAAACAAACCGAACCGAGCCCCUCCAAACAGCAACAACAACAACCACAACACCAGAACAACAACAACAACAACUACAGCGCCCAAAAUUCUAAAUGAAAAUCAAAGUUUUUCUUUAAGUUAAUUUUUAGUGCGACGAGUUAAAUUUCAAUAUGAAAGCGAAACAUUUUUUUUACAUUUAAUAACUAAAAACAUAAGUAAAAUAACAAAAAUUACAAAACAACAAAAAAUACUGCCAAGCAAAAUGAGAAAGAAGAAGAAUCGAUCAAGAUAAACAACAACAACAACAACGAUGCAGCAAAAAGGCUAUUUAAAUAUGAAAUGAAAUGAAAACAAAUACGAAAACAACACGAGGAUCAAAAGCUGGCAAAGAAGCGGAUGAAAACAAAAACGCGAAAAAAAAGAAGAAUUCCCCCCUCAACCCCGCAUCACACACGUCCCCCCGCUCCAAGAAUCUCCUUAAUCGUAAAGCAGCUGCGUGUUUUGUUUUGCUCGCUCGCUCCCUCUGUCUGUCUCUCUCUAUCCGUCUCUCUACAAAUUACCGAGCUGCUCUCUCUCUCUCCCUUUCUCUUUAUAAAUUUAUUUCCCUCCCGUCACACUCUUUGUAAUAUGUAAUGCAUACAUAUAUAUUUUAUAAGUCUUAAUUUAAUAAUUUUUUGUUUAAAAAACGUAAUGUAAAUUCUCCGUUUUUAGCUCCCUCCUUUGUCAACAACAAAACAAAACAAAACAAAACAAAACAAAGAAGAAGAAAAAAAAAACAUAUGCUAUUUAGUUUUGUUUCAUAAUUUUAAUUUUUGUGUACUAUGUAUUUAAAUGAAAUGUGUUUUUUAUUUGACUACUUCUACUUUUAUUUUAGAAUUGUUUUUUAUUAUUUUGAUUAUUUUCAAAACAACUCGUUUGGACAGUGAAAUCGUAAAGGAAAGUUGUAAACUGUAAUUUGUAAUCGGUUUUCUAUUCUAGAACCACACUAAAAAAAAAAGAAAGAAACAAAACACAGCGAAUACAUAUUAUGUUUAUUUUUUUUUUGUGAGUAGUAGAGCUAUUUAAUAUUAAACAAACAAAAAAAGAAAACUAUAUGAAAAUAAUACAUUUUUAUAUACCUUAUAUUAGAGGAAAAACCAACAACAAACAAAAUAAAGAAAAUGUGAACAAUAAAA